AGAAUUUAAAUGGAAAUAUUUGUGUUUGUUUUUAUAAAGUUUAAAACAGUCAAUCAUAAGAAUGAACUUUAAUAAUCAAAUGAAGGUACUAAUAUUAACUUUCAUUUCCUGAAGAAAGGAUGAGUAACAAGGAGCAAAAUGAAUAAAUGGAUAAAAGUAUUAUUAUUCCUAAUAAUCUGCGUUCUACAAGGAAAAACAGUGUUGUCAGCCUGCACCGGAAGUGGAUUUCCAGCAGAAUGGACAACAGCCACAGCAGGCGUCACUUAUUGGUUCGUAACAGAUGCUAUUAAACGACAAUUUACAUCUAGCUAUACCAUUACAGAUUAUCAAACAUCAGAUGGUUCGGCAUAUGGUUCGUCACCAACUUGUGAGGACGAAUAUUACGACCCAUCGACUGGUUAUUAUUAUUACUUGAUGCUUUACAGUGGAACCCAUAUUUACAAUACAGACACUUCCAGUCGACAAUUAUGUCAUGCGUUUAAACAGUUCGACAGUGUUAUAAGGGAAUAUUACGAGGAUCUAGGAGGUACAGGUGUAUUAUCGGCCGCUUCAACUUGUGCUUCAAGAUUUACUUCAUCAACGUCGAGUUUUGCUCUUACAAAGUAUAAUUUUCAAUACGUCAAUUGUCCGUUUUCCUUUGAGUCUUAUUACUUCACAUUUAGUAGUGGCGGUAAUGCAGAUUAUUGUUCCAGCAGCCAAUCAUCGAUAGCUUCCAUCACAGAUUAUAACAUUGCCUUAAAGAGUUGCUUCGAUUUUAACUUGGUAUCUAAAGCAAAUCCAUUUUACGGAGCAUUUAACUGCCUUGGUUCCUGGUCUGCAGAGAGUAGAGAUACACCCUCAUCCGGGGAUUUUAUAGUUAUGGAAAUGUAUGAUUCUUCGGCCUGGCCGUAUUGUGGAAGAUAUAAGGUUGGAUCAGAUGGAGUUAUUACACUAUCUCUCUACCUAUCAAUGAGUGAGGACACAUUUUUUCCUGUAUUCUGUGACGCUACUAAGGAUAACGAAUACUAUUAUGAAUCUGGAGCCACGAAAUAUGUUAGGAUGCAUUUUACUCCUGUUAACCCAUGGACAACACCAGAAGCCGCAACAGAGGUAACUACAGAUUCUGCAACAACAAUCGAUACAACAACAGAAUCGACAACAAUUGAUUCAGUAACAACCACAACAACGGAUGCCACGACAACAAAUGUAGUGGCAGUAACGCAACCAACCACAACAACUACUGCUUCAACUACGGUAUCAACACUUGCAAGUACUGUUUCUUCCGGGGCUGUUGUGACAACUGGUAAUAAUACAGGUAAUGCAUCAGCCUCGUCUUCAAAUUCCAGUUUCUGGGAAAAGCUACGAGAUUUGUAUUGGCCUUGGUGGAUACUUGUUGUGGCGGCUGUUUUGACUAUUAUGACAUUAUUUAUAUGCCUCUUAGUCUAUGCACGAAAAAGGAAAAAGAGGAAGGUGGAAACUCUCAAGAAAUCAAAAGACGCGAAUCCAGAAGUUGUUGAACAUUCCAAAGCACCGAAGACUAAAACGAUGUCAAGGAAUCCUUUCUUUUUCAAAGGGAAAUCCGAUGGUGAAUACACUCCAAGACAGAUCAGAGUAAAAGAAUUUGAAAAACCAAUUUUAGAUUUUUAACUGUUUGUUUAUGCUAUACCUUCUGUGCAAUAUAUAUAUAUAUACAUGCGUUUGAGUUAUAUCUGUAACAGUUCAUUUUAUAUGAAUGAAGUAAAUAUAUAUUGCCUCUUUUAUACAUUGUGUAAUGUCAAACACACCCUUUGUGUUUGUGACUAUUCUUUUGGUAUUGUAAGACUUCUUAAAGAAAAACCACACAAGCGAUAUAAUAAUAUACGUUAAAAUACACACUGUGAGAAGCCUCUAUAAUGUUCAUAGGAAUUGAAGUAAGUAUACAAUAAAGGCAACAGUAGUAUACCGCUGGUACAGAAUAUAUACGUACAAGUUAUAUGUAAGUAUGGCAAACUGGGUCUUUGUUCUUACAGAUAAUUGCUUAAACUACCUAUGUAAUGUAUUAUACGUAACGUAUAUAAUAUUGAUAACGUGAAAUAUAAAGAAUUCUCUAUUAUCAUAUUUUAAUUCAAACUAAGAGAAAAAGUUUUAUUAAGAUUCAGUUGAAAGAUUUGUCCUUGCGAUUUUGGCAACACCUUUAAAACUGCACGUAUAAGAACUAUAAAACUAUUAUUUCAUUUGUGUAUUAUGUAUACAAAGAUCCCUGGACAAGUAUUUAGGACUUUGGUCCUGGCAUGAUUAAACAAAUACAUUUCUAUAUGGUAAAUUGUCAGUUUAGAAAAUAACUGUGCCUAAAUUUGAUAAAUUUACUUGCGGCGAUGUUAUUCAUUGACAAUUUUGUUGUUCACUUUUAAUUAGUUGUACUACUACGACGCUAUUGAAUAAGUUGACAUGGAUUGACGGAAUAAGGGAGAGGGUGAGGGCAUUAGCCCCGUCCCCAUUGAUCGAAAAAUAUCAUUUUUUGGCAUAAAAUCGUAAAAAAACUAUUUUUAACAUUUUUAUGUUACGGACCGUAUAUCCUCCUUACCUCAAACAUUUGAACAGCCGCUGAUAUGUAAUAGGUUAACCAAAACCAGGAUUACUGAAAAGAAUGAUGACUUUUUUUUUGAGAUGUAGGAUGUAGUGGGUCAAAAAAGUUGGAAUGUGAUAUAUACGGGGUAAAAAGUGGGGAUGUGGGAUAUGGGGUGUAAAGAAGAUAGGAUUUAAACAAAAAAAUGUGGCAUCUGGGAAAAAGAAGGAAAAAAAAGUGAGAAAUGGGUAAAAAAUACUAAAAAGUGGGAUUUGGAAAAUGAGCACCCCGUACCCCCUCUCCAAGUGUCGGUAUCAUACUUACAUUUACAUUAUUGUUUACAUUAUUAUUAACUACUGUCUUCUGAUGGACAUAAGUAUAUUAAAUACAUUUUUCUCGCGUUUCGCAGUAUAGCGGAACAAAUCUUGUCUGAAAGUUUCAAUCAUAAAUCGUAAAGGGCCAAUGAUGCAAGAUUUGGUAAUACGUUUUUUUUGGCGGGUACAUGUAUGCGGGUAGUUUGUCUGCACGACAAAAUGCAUAUGUUGAGUUGAGUUUAAUUUAGUUGGCAAAAUUGUGUAUUUAAUGUUGUGUCACAGAACAUAUAUAUAUUGCAAGUUAAAUUGUAGCAUGUCUCUUUAAUUUUGUUCCCAAUAUUUUCAUUUGAUGAAAGGAUACAGAUUUAAAUAAUACUUUUUUUCUUGUUUCCGAAUCACUAUAUUACUGUUGUUUAUUUGUCACUUAUGCACUUAUGAAAAAUAAAAUAUUGUUUAAUCUAA